CGGUCGCUGCAGACUGAAGCGCAGCUGGCCGCAAUCCUCAUCGACCGUCGGCUCGCUCCAGGGCCCAGCAGCAGCAGCAGCAGCAGCAAACACAGCAGGAGCAGCACCAGCCACGCCUGCAGCAGCAGCAGACACAGCAGCAGCAUCUACAACAGCAGCAGCAGCAACAAAACAGGGAGCAAGCACGCUCCUCCUUAGAUUUGCUGCGCCGCUGUGGCAACUGGCACUGCUUCUUCCGGCCAGGCAGCAGCAACGACGCGGGAGUAGCAGCAGAUGCAGCAGCAGCAGUAACGGCAGCAGCAGCAGCAGCAAGAUGGCUAGCAAGCGGGGCGAAGUCUCGGUGCUGAUGGUGGCUGAAAAGCCUUCCAUUGCCGAGACCCUAGCGGACAUUCUCUCCAAGAAGAACUGCAGCAAAAGAAGAGGAAUAUCGCCAGUGACAAGCGUCUGGGAGUUUCGAGGAGAAUUUCUGGGGCAGCCGGCUUUUUUCAAGGUUACUUCCACAGCGGGGCAUAUCUACCAAACGGAGUUCCCGCCUGCAUUCAAUGACUGGGUGAGCAGGAGCAGCAGCAGCACAAGCAGCAGCAGCAAGAGCUGCUGCUAA